CCUCGAGUUUUGAUUAGGUCGUUGACAAUCACUAAAAGGGCUUUAAAAGUAAAACCACACCAGAAAUAAUACAUAGUAUACAAGUUUCCAGAUCGAAUAUUCGAAAGAACAGAGUAACACCAGAAAGGGAUGACACAUGCCCCUUCAUCGGAUCUUCUCUGUUUCUUGAUUCCCAUAUUUAUAUAUUACUAUUAAACAUUUGCCCGAGAAGAAGACAAGACCAUAGCUUCUGCCUUCUUGUCUGAAACGAACCAGCCAUUCUCAAGAUUUUUUCUUAUUAACUUUUUCCCGAGAAAACACUAUGGACUUUGAAGGAGCAAAAAAGCACAACAUGGAAGAAGAAGAAGAAGAAGAAGAAGAAGCAGUGAUGGAUGAGAGAAUAUACGUUGCACUAGGGAGAGAACCUGCCAAGAACAAGUCAAAUCUGUCCUGGGUAUUAGAUAACUGUCAAGGUUGCAAGAUCUGCAUCCUUCUUGUUCAUCGACCUGCUCAAAUGAUUCCUCUCUUGGGUACCAAAUUCGAUGCUGCAACCGUAGAUGAAGAAUUAGUGAGAGCAUACAGAGAAAAACAAAAGGCCAAAACAGACAAGAUUCUUGAUGAGUACCUUAGAAUAUGCCUCCGCAAAGGGGUUCAAGCGGAGAAGCUGUGUGUCGAGAUGAACUCGAUCGAAAAGGGAAUCCUGCAGACGAUUUCUGAGAACAAAGUGAGGAAGUUCAUCAUGGGAGCAGCUUCAGACAAUCAUUAUUCAACUAAAAUGGAGGAUUUGAGAUCGAGGAAAGCCAUCUUCGUCUGCAAACACGCGUCUGUGACUUGUCAUAUACGGUUUAUCUGCAAAGGAUAUCUCAUUCAUACAAGGGAAGCUAGAAUGGAUGAAGUCCGAGCUCUCUCAACCCUACUAUCUGACUUUCAACGGCUUGUCUCCCACCAUUCAGAUCAAGAAAGUGGAGUUUCAAAGAGGAACAGUGAAGAGGAGGAGGAGGAGGAGAGAGCAUCACGAACCAGCUCUUCUCGGUCUGCUAGUACAAUUUCAUACUUUGGAGGAUCUGAGGCUUCCUCAAGUGUAAGUGUACUGGAAGAGAAAUCAAACCAUUCAUCUCCACCCUCUUUACCGUGCACCGGGAUGGGACUGGGCAUGAUAACCUUCCUGAUUAACUCCACCAAACUCUGGCAAAGGCUUGCCAUCCAAAACCAUAAGCAUGGUCAAUGACCCCACCAUUACCUGAAAAGCCACAUAAAGAAGAAGAGGACAAGAACAUAAAGCUACAAAGAUCUUGAUCACAUCUGUAAAUACAAUGUAUCUCAUAUUUGUAAACCCCAAUUGUGUGAGGAGAAGCUGCUUUGAGAUUUCCUCUCCUUCUCAUCUUGUGAGCAAUGUGAGGCUUGUAAUUCUAUAGAUAAUGGAAUCUCAUCUUCACAUUAUUCUUGAUUUUUUUUUAAAAACAAAAAAAUGAGCCAACCAACUAAAUGCUUUCACCAGUUCUUUAAUUAAAAGUUGUGUACAAAGGGUUGAUCACUAAAAAGGAGUAAGAAAAAA